CUACCGUCGCGUAUAUUAUUUUCCGACUUCUCCGAUCAGAGUCAGUUGAAUCCGAUCAGAGUCAGUGUGCGAGACACGAAGGUAGUGCCAGUGUCAUUUAGAACAGUGACAGAGCAGGAUUGCCGAGAAUUUUUCAGCAAUUACCAUUUUUCAUUAUCUCUUAAUCUCCAAAAGCGGAACAUACAGCUUAAUGCCUCCACUUUGCUUUCGUUGCGCUGCAGAAAUUAAAUGAUCAAAGUGACGUCAACGAGAUACGCCAAGAUGAACAAACGAGAACCUGUGCACGGCCAUAUCGACGCGCAAACACGACUUUCGUGUCGCAGUUAGUCGAUUUUUCCCGGCUAACUUGCUACGUAAACCAGCGGAACCAUCGGCGAGCCAGUAAAGCCGGCGCUGGUACUUCGUUAGCAAUAUCAAGAGACAUCCCGCUUGAAAAUGAGACGAUCGGACGCGAUCGGUCUGUUCGCGCUUUGCGUGCUCGUUCUGCUCGCCGGUGACAGCAGUGCGAUAUCUCAUUUCCUGAGGAAAUAUCUACCGACUCUGUUGCGUAGCCCGUGGAAGGAACUGAGCACUCUUCGACACGGAAUCGUCCCCGGCACCCUUUGGUGUGGUCCUGGACACAUCGCCAACAACUAUUCCGAGUUGGGCAGCAACUGGCAGUUGGACGAAUGCUGCAGAGCGCACGAUUUCUGCACCGACUACAUAAGACCUCAACAAAGUAAAUACGGACUGUACAACAGCGCCAAAUUGUGCAGAAGCUCGUUGUGCGACUGCGACCUGCAGUUUUAUAACUGUGUAAAAAAAGCGCCUGGCUUCAUCGCGUUCAGCGUCGGGAAGAUAUAUUUCAAAAAUUGCAAGUUUUGCUUCAGACGUUUCGACGACGCUGAUACCUGCAUGGAGAAGGGUCUCACAGUGAGCGAAGGAACGAGCCGUGAUGGCCACCGCGCUUUUUGCGCGCAGUUUGAUCGAAAUCCAAAGUGGGGGCAUCGGCGCCACCUCGAAUCGUCGGAAUCGAUCCCCGCAGCCACGCUUCCAACCUGGAUUGAUAGCGAGCCCGUGCAAACUAUCCCGGAGUCCUAUCCUGUGGACGAUAACCAGUCUGCCGAGGAGGAUGAAGAUGAUGAGACUUCUCAAGACAUUGACUUAAGCAUGUUGAACGUAUCUUAAUGCCAAAUAUUUAACACCCUCGCGUUCCUCUCGGCGUGGUCGCAGGCGACGACAGAAACAAAAUUUCCCACAAGAAGUUAACCGAUUGUAAAUCUAAAGUCAGAUUUACAAAUUUUAAACGGCAAAUCCAAUAUAGGGCUGCCGCGCAAGAGUAAAUCAAUGUAAGUCUGAAUAAAUGUAAAUCAGAUGCACGAUAUAAAUGUUUUUCAGAUCGCUAAUUAUUACGAUGAGAUUUGUAAGAUUUAUUCAAAAAAUCCAGCGUGCGAAAAAGUCUGGAAAAAAAAAUAUAUAUUCUAUCCUGACUAUGCGAAGACUAUUCGGUAAAAUG